AUGGUUUCAAUAGUAAAUGCUCGCGGUCAAAAGCGUGAAAUCCGCAGUCUUUUACUGGGCAUUGUUAUUGCAAUUGUGAUGCUAUUGGGAAUACUUGUUAUUACUAUGCGCAUUCAAGGCGGAAGUAUUGAUUAUCCCACUGAAGGUCCAGGUGCUUUAAUAAAGGGAGUGGUGGAAUUGGAUGCUUACAAUUUUUAUAGCGUGAUUGGACAGUCUACAUAUGUGUUGAUAGAGUUCUAUGCCACCUGGUGUGAUUAUUGUCAGAGAUUUGUACCAGAAUAUACAGAUCUUUCCAUGCGUGUACAGAAUGAUACCACACUGCGUGAGAAGGUUGUGUUGGCGAAGAUGGAUGGCACUCGGGCGAAUAAAGCCAAUACUGGGUUUGCGAUCGCUGGAUAUCCAACACUCUAUUUGGUCCCACCGCAUCAAAAGACUGGAAAGGAGUACACUGGAAGUAACAAGGCGGAUGAUAUAUUCAAUUUUUUGAAAAAAUCUGUGGUGUGA